AUGGAAAUGGAAAUGGAGCAGCAGCAGCAGCCGCAACACCAACACCAACAACUCCCUCACCACCAAACUCCUCAGGCUCAGGCUCAGGCUCAGGCUCAAGCUCAGACCCAGACCCAGGCGCAGAGUCAGAAUCACAUGCGGCUCCCACCUCCCGUCGAUUUUGACUUCAACAGCAUCGGCAACGGCAACCCAUCGCAUAGCGCCAUAGACCCCAUAUUUCACAAGUCUCUCCAGCAAUUUCAACCGCCGCCCGACCAACCGCAUUCCUCGUCCUUGACGCUGUCUCCGCCGUACACCAACCCCAGCGCGAGCCCCUUCUACGCCUCGAGCGCCGCCAACAGCAACAACCACCACCCCCACCGCCAUUCGAAGUCGUCCUCCCUGUCCCCUCGGCCCCUCAGUCAACUCCCAGCCUACUCGCCGCCCUCGUACGCAUUCGCCCAGCAUAACCACGACCCUACGACCUUGAGCUUCCCACAGCCCCCUUCCAACGAACUUGCGCCUCUGCAGUUAAACGCCAGCAGCGACCACGGCGUGAACUCUUUACCCUCGCUGGCCUAUCUGGCAGGCCCGCCGACGUCGGCCUCCCUCAGGUUCUCGUCAUCAACAGGAGCAAGCGACACAUCCUUCUCACCUCCCGCACGACCACGGCCGUGGCCCUCUGGGAACCCGUACUCGGCGUAUUAUACAGGAAAUAAUGUCCAGUCGGCUGGCUCGCCUGCGAAGAUGGAUCUCGACAGCUUGAGCAGUGGUACGAGGGGGCCCUUGAGCCCAGAGCCCGUAGGUGGUCGAGCAAGUAGUGUUAGUCUGGACGAUCCGGACGUGCGAAUGGCAGCCGAGGCCCUCGGGGACCUCAAGGCCGAUUUCGUCUCGUCUCCCCAGAACAAGAAUACCCCAAUGCCCAACUCGCCCUCGAAUAUGUUUGGCACGCCUGGUCCGCCCGAGCCGCUCUUGUCGCUCGUCAUGACGUCGGGCUCUGUACUCGCGAAGCCAAUCGAGGGCACCGUCUCCGCAUAUAACACGACCAAGAACUUUUCUCCCGGGUUUAUCAAAACACCUGUUGACUACAUCGAGGGCGUCGUCGGCUCCGGCCUUCAUCUCACCGGUAUAGAAGGCGGCGUUAGGUGGUUCUUUCGCGGUAAGGGUCGCCAUCAGUCGUCCGGGGACCUGGAGACGGGCGAGAAGAGCCACAAGCGGAGAAAAGUUGGCAGCAGGGGUAAUUCGACUUCCGCCCCGCGGCGGGAUUCUGGGGUUCCUGCCUACAACAGUACAAAUGGUGCAGAUACGCAAGGCCAGAUGGACCCUUACGGCUUCACCACCAAGGAUCGGAGGCUCUCCAUGAGCACGGUCGACACAUUGCCGGCAUAUGACGACGCUCGGAGCCCGGCCUAUACAGAGGACGCAGGUGCAGUUCAAAAUGAGAAAUCAGAACCGACAACCUCGAGACCGUCAUCUACGACCCCUACGGCGUGGCAGUCCCGGCUCAUCAUGUCCACCUCUGGGCUAAGCAUUGCUAUGAGUGAGGAAAGCCUGCGCAGCCUCAAGUACUGUCUAGGCUGGUUGCGAUGGGCCAACGACCACAUCGGCAGGGUGAUCAGCGCCCUCAAAGAUGCGUUGGACAAAUAUGAGAGCCACCCUCAAUUGGAGGACCACGCCAUGAACGACGCGGCAGGCACGUCUGCAGUACGGGACGACGAACAGGCGCGACGCGCCAUUGGAGCGCGGAUCGAUGCUCUGCGAUCAGAAGUUCUCAAGACACUGCAAGGUGUUAUCGAGACUGUGUCCAAGUACGCAGGCGGCGCACUCCCAGACAACGCACGAGCGCUGGUCCGGAGACACCUCACCUCUCUGCCGCAGCGGUUCCGCAUCGCUACACAAGAGUCGGGCAGCAAUGCCAACAGCAACCAGGCCUCGUCAUCUGAGGAGGGCAAGGAGCAGGAGGUCCGUGAUGGCGCCCAGCGGGUGCUGGUCCUAGCCAAGGAAGGACUGGACAUGAUGGCGCAGGUGAGCGGCGUGCUCGACGGCACAAUCGUCAGCGCUGAAGAGUGGUGUGACCGGCUCGGCAGGAAGAAGAGGGAUGAGAACCAGCCAACGGAGGGCCAUGGGGAAGAGCAGAAUCAGGACCAGCAUCAGCAACAGCAGCAGCCACAGACUGUCCCGUUCGCUGGGGUCGGUUUCGAUGGUGAUGUCAAGAUGGGCUGA